UAUCUAUAAAGCAGAACUUAAAACCCUCGUUAACUUAAACCCUGCACCCCGCUUGCGGCAAAAAAUGGCGGAAUUCCCACUCUGCUGAACCCUUUGCUGCUGCCUGGUGGUGUUGUGGUUCCCUCAUUUUCAAUCAAGAUCACUCGCCCAGCUCACCCUUUGCUAUGCCCGCUAAGCUUCUAACCCAUCUCCGCCUCCUUCACCCCUCCCUUCCGACCGCCUCCAUGAAGCUCGGUCCCUCCUCCCACUCUUCCCGGGCCAUCCCCCUUUUAUACCGGAUUUUCCCUUUUAAGCUCAAGUACCACGGCCUCCUGCUCCUGGGCCGCGACUCUCCACCCGGUUUCCGAAUGCUCUCAGCUCAACCGCACCGAGACCGGUACUUUUCCAGAUCCGACGGCAGGCGCAGUGGUCGUGAGGUAGGCGCGGUUAAGGCCAGGCCUAAGAGUCUUAUCGAGGAUGAGGCUGAGCUCAGCGAUUGGGUGAGCGAUUUGAGGACCGACUCGUUGCGUGGGAAAUUGACCAGCGAAGACGAUGAUUCGGACCGCGAGAGGGGGUUCAGGGGAGGAAGAGGAAGGAGCGGGAGGAACGAAACGAAGAGGAGGAGGAGGGAAAGCGAUUCUGAAGAGUUUGGUGAGUCGAUUCGGCAGAGGACUCCGAGGUCCUCUGGAGGGAAAUCGUAUGGUAAUGGGAGGGAUUCAUCCAGGGCCACCGGGCGAUUCGAAUCAAAAGAGGACGAUGAGGAAUUUUCUCCCCGGACUCGUAGGAGGUUAGGGGAUAGGUCAGUGAGGGGAAGUAUGACGUCUCCUAUGAGGAGGAAAGGCAGUGGGAGAGUACUGGACGACCAGAGGGGUUCAAAGCCACAGCGAAGAAAUGGAGGGAUGGUGAAGGCAGAGGAGGAGAGGAGGAGCUUGACUGAUCUGAUAAGCGAGGAGGAGGAGGAGGAGGAGGAGGAAACCGAAGUUGAUGAAAGUGAUGAUGGGGAUGAUGAUGAAUAUGUCAAGAGAGGUACAAAUUCGCUGUUUGGGGCUCCAAGUGGGGAGAGUGUUCGUGUAGCUUCCCCAGAAAAAUCUGCAUCCAAUUCCUACUUAAGUGAGACUAGGUUUGAUCAAUGCGCAGUCUCUCCCCCAUCACUGAAGGGAAUCAGGGAUGCUGGAUAUGAGAAGAUGACUGUGGUACAAGAGGCCACGCUUCCUUUCAUCCUCAAAGGUAAGGACGUUCUAGCCAAGGCCAAGACCGGCACUGGGAAAACUGUUGCAUUCCUGCUUCCAUCAAUUGAAGUUGUCCUAAAAUCAUGUGCUCCUGAGCGUGACCAAAAGCAACCUCCAAUUCUCGUGCUGGUGAUUUGUCCGACUCGGGAGCUUGCAAGUCAAGCUGCUUCUGAAGCUAAUACCCUUUUGAAGUAUCAUCCUUCUAUAGGUGUUCAGGUCGUGAUUGGAGGCACACGACUUGCAUUAGAACAAAAGCGCAUGCAAGCAAAUCCUUGCCAGAUUCUUGUAGCUACACCUGGGAGGCUUAGAGAUCAUAUCGAGAAUACUGCAGGAUUCGCGACCAGGCUGAUGGGCGUGAAAGUUCUCGUGCUUGAUGAGGCAGAUCAUCUGCUAGACAUGGGAUUUCGAAAGGAUAUUGAAAAGAUAAUUGCUGCUGUUCCAAAGCAAAGGCAGACGCUUCUCUUCUCUGCAACAGUUGCAGAAGAGGUUCGUCAAAUCUGUCACAUUGCUUUGAAACGAGAUCAUGAAUUCAUUAAUACGGUUGAAGAGGGAACCGAGGAGACACACUCUCAGGUCAGACAAAUGCAUUUAGUGGCUCCACUAGACAAGCAAUUUUCCAUGCUCUAUACUAUCUUGAAGGAUCAUAUUGCAGAUGAUGUCCACUUCAAGGUUCUCGUGUUUUGCACAACUGCCAUGGUGACCGCUCUUGUUGCUGAUGUUCUUGAGGAGCUGAGCUUGAACGUUAGGCAGAUCCAUUCAAGAAAGUCGCAGAGCUAUAGGACUAGGGUCUCAGAUGAAUUCCGGAAGUCAAAGGGCCUCAUCCUUGUGACUUCUGAUGUGUCUGCGCGUGGAGUUGAUUAUCCAGAUGUAACCCUUGUCAUACAGAUGGGAUUGCCAGCAGAUAGAGAACAGUACAUUCAUAGACUGGGAAGAACAGGGCGUAAGGGAAAAGAAGGGCAAGGUAUUUUGCUGCUUGCUCCUUGGGAGGAAUUCUUUUUGUCGACCGUGAAGGAUUUGCCAAUAACAAAGGCCCCAGUGCCUUCAGUGGAUCCCGACACGAAGAAGAAGGUUGAAAGGGCACUGUCCCAUGUGGAAAUGAAGAGCAAAGAAGCAGCGUAUCAGGCAUGGCUCGGGUAUUACAACUCGAACAAGAAAAUAGGGAAAGACAAGUACAGGCUCGUUGAGCUGGCUAAUGAGUUCAGCCGCUGCAUGGGCCUUGACACCCCUCCAGCAAUCCCGAAACUCAUCCUCGGCAAGAUGGGCCUUCGCAAUGUUCCGGGCCUGCGGUCCAAAUAGAUUCGACGAACCAAAAAUGGAUGGAUCCAUGAAUCGUUUGCUCAUUGAUUUGAUUUGAUUGUCGCCUAUAGGUAAUGGCGGGGAUGGGGCGCAGGUUCGGCAAUUUACGUCCUACAGUACUCCCUUCUUCUUCUUCUUCUUCUUCUUUUUUGGGUUAUUUAUUAUUAUCUCUUCGGAAUGAAUCUGGUCCGGUAAUUUGAGAGGUAAAGCAAGUUAUUUUCGCUUUUGCUGUCAUAUAAUGGAUAGUACAUGUGCCAGUAAAGGGGAAAAAAUAUCAUUAAUUUACCACUUAAAUGGAUCCCUUUUGCUUUCUCUAUUGAA